UUGCUCCCCACUUGACGGCCCACCUGAGCUUUCUCCGGUCUGGUAUAUCCCAGGGUUUGUCGAAUCCCAACCAAGGGGGUAAAAUGGGGUAACCCAGUGCCAGAUUGUUGCUCUGUCUGGCUGGCUUUUUUUUUCUUCCCCCGACCGCGUCCAAAAUAAAAUAAAAUAGAAAAAUAAUUAAAACCCAGACAAAAAUCCUCUUGCGGGUGCUUGGACCAUCCCAGGAUCUGUCAGGUUGGCCUGUUAUCUUCCGACAGUUUGCGCGUGGUUGGGCGGCUGCAGGGUUGAAUGAUUAAGUUAUCAUCCCUCCCUUUUCAACUUUAAACGGCAGCAUUCCGUCCCGCUGCUCCAAAACAUCUGCUUGCUUCCGACUUUAAUGCACCACCCCAUCAAUACCUUUCAGCACCUGGACUUGUCUACCUACCUAAACCUGCUGACGCCUACCAGUGCGCAGGAAGAGUCCUUACCUUAUCACCUACCUGCUUGCAACCCACACCACCACACCAUCAAAGACCAACAAAGAAAAAAAAAACCACACCUAACCUUGACCGUUCCUGGCUUGAGAACGACUUCAGCUAAGCGCCUGCACAGAGUCAGACUGACCGAAAGGCAAAACACGUAAAACAAGAAUCGCAGAAAAGAAGCAAAAAGAAGAAAAAAAUAUUCCCCGCUCACACAGAUCCAGGCGGCAAAUCGUAGCGCUCAUUCGUAUUACGCCUUCGAUCCGACUCGCAUUCCAACGCACAAGAAAAUACCACCAACCAAGUACCUACCCAUCGAUCGCACGCACCACCGACCUACCGACGACAUCUGUCACUGACCAGAUUCGAUCUGCGAUUUCCGACAAUACCCUCCCUGCAAGGCCAACCAUCAAUUCGGGUGUCUUGCUGUUGAGAGUUUUGCUUUUCGGGUACCACAUUCUUAUAUUUCCAGACCACGCUGAACCAUGGCCGCCCCUGGGGUUCAGUCUUUGAAGUGUGUCGUCACUGGCGACGGUGCUGUCGGAAAGACAUGCCUUCUCAUCUCCUACACCACAAACGCCUUCCCCGGCGAGUACAUCCCCACAGUAUUCGACAACUACUCGGCUAGUGUUAUGGUCGAUGGAAAGCCCAUCAGCUUGGGACUUUGGGAUACCGCUGGACAGGAGGACUACGACAGACUGAGGCCGCUAUCAUACCCGCAGACAGAUGUCUUCCUAAUUUGCUUCUCGAUCGUUAGCCCGCCGUCAUUCGACAACGUCAAGGCGAAGUGGUACCCAGAGAUCGACCAUCACGCGCCCAACGUGCCCAUCAUCCUCGUCGGAACCAAGCUCGAUCUUCGUGAAGACCCCUCCACCCUCGAGAGUCUUCGCUCCAAGAGGAUGGAGCCUGUUUCGUACGACCAGGCACUUAUCUGCGCAAAGGAGAUUAGGGCGCACAAGUACCUUGAGUGCUCUGCAUUGACGCAAAGGAACCUGAAGAGUGUGUUCGAUGAGGCCAUUAGGGCUGUCCUCAACCCCCGACCCCAGCCGGCGAAGGUUAAGAAGUCAAAGUGCACCAUUCUGUGAGCAGCCAUGGCUUCACAGAUAGAAGUGCGAAUAAAUGAGCUUUGUCAGUAUACGAUGGCAACGAGCGAAAUGGAUCACGUAAUGCAAGGAAUCGCAAAACUCGCCGCCACAAACGGCCGCACUGCUCGCAGCGUGCUCAGCAACGCAGAAGAGCUUGAGUAAUGCUGGAGCAUGUGGCACCGAAUUGACUGCAUGGCGAGGUGAACGCAAAUAUGUUUGGGGCGUUUUGAGGGCGUUUUGAUGUUCGACCAAGGAAUAUCAUCUACCAAAUUUUUGUCUAACAUUUUUUUGUUCCCAUAUACGAGUGUUAUUCUCCGGCCAACCUAACGUCUAUUGUUCAUCCUGUCUCUGAACACUCGCAUGAGCUGAUUUUUCUUGUUAAUUUUUUUUUCCUUCCUGCGUCUACCGCAACACAGGGUAACGGUGUUUGUUGCUUUGUCAACCUUUUUCGUCUUUUUUGAUUUGCUGUUAUUUUCUUGCUGCGAAUGUUCGAUAUCUCAGUCUUAUCUUUUACCCAUCAUUUUUACAUGGCGAUUCCCAACUAUGUUCUUAACCCCCUCUCACCGGAGGUAGCAAUAACCGCAUUCAAAACAGAAAGUCCUGUCGUGACUGCAAGUAGGAGACCAAACCGCCCAUAAACUGACUGCUGACUAGAC